GACGAGUUCGAUGAAAUUGAUCGUCACAAUUACAGUCAACAGAAACAAGGGAUACGAUAGUCCUGGAGGGAAAAAAACAAAGAUUUCGGUACGUAUGAUAUGGCUGGUGUCGGUUGCAACAACAUUUUGUUGGUAAAAGUGGGAGGUUCUUCUAUCACGCGAAAAGCAGAGCUGGAGACAUUAGAUGCCGAAUCCCUCGCUUGGUUUUCUACUACGAUACGCUCGAUCGUCAAUGACAGAUUUCUUGACGAUGCUGCUGGCAAUGUUGUCGAGACUAGCACUGAAUUCGAUUGCGAAAAACCAUCGAUCGUUGUCGUGCACGGGGCUGGUUCCUUUGGACAUCACACUGCAAAAAAACACGGUCUCGGGGGCAAGAGUUCUCCGCCACCCGAUGGAAUGAAUCUAACGCGAGACUUGGUCACAGGUAAGAAAAAAAUCCGGUGGGUGUUCGACAGGCUUCGUUGGUUGUGGAAUGGAGCGCAAGAAGAUCAAUGAAGGUUCCUCUGACACGUUGCAUUGUCGAAAGGUAUUGCGCGGACACGCCAAAGGUAGGUAAGCAGAUGUCAAUGACCACGGUACGAAUUGCGGUGAUGGCUUGUUUCUGAACAAAUCGUUUUCUUGGUGCCUUUACCAAUUAUGGUGGAACACCUUGUUCCCGGAACACACAGCGUGAAAAAACUGAAUGGCGCCGUUGUAUCGCACCUGAUCGAGAACGGUGUGAAUGCUGUCGGCAUCUCGCCUUGUCUAAAUGUUCCGGGGCUCAUGACACACGGUGGUGACGAGUACAAUGGAGUCACCGUGCUUGUCCAGUCGAUCCGCGAGACGUUGUCUGCGGGGCUCGUCCCGGUAAUACACGGCGAUGCCGGCCUCUACGGGACGUACCGCGAUCCGAGUGCUCGGGAUCGUUUUCAAUCCAUGUCGGCGGGUAUACUGGGCGGCGACACACUCGUGGAGAUCAUUGCUACACAUCCAUUGAUUCGUAGAAAAAUAUCGAAGGCAAUCUUUUUAACAGACGUUAACGGUGUGUAUACGAAAGAUCCAAAGGUUUUCCAGGACGCCGUGCUGGUAAAAAAUAUAUUUAUUGAUCCCGUGAGCGGUGACGUUAUGAACGAGGUAUCCGCUUCUGGUUCGCAGCACGAGCACGAUGUGACGGGGGGACUCGAGGUAUGUGCAAUCGACACGAUUUUUUGCAGCGGCUCGAACGGGACCUUUGCGGACAAAACCCCUAUUGUCCAAAUGCGAAACCUGACCGAUUUCGGUGUUGCGUUUGAAAUUGCUCGCGAUGUGUACCGUAGGGAAAGUUGUGUGCUGCCACGAACGUCGCCAAAACAGGGAUUCCGGUCGUUGUGGCAAAGUGUGGCUCGCCGGACGUGCUCGACGCCAUGGGCACCACGGGCCUGGAUGCCCGUGCGCAGAACACGUGUGGGAACACGCUGAUCAGAAACUACCAUCGUCCUUGAACCGGGCGAGUCUUCCGUCCACCCGAAGAUUUGCGGGCGGAGGAAUCGGUCAUCGGCAUUGGUCUAGUGGCGCGCGGUGCGACUGCCUUUGGAGCCCCGAGAGAAAUCCAUCCGCAAACAAAAGUACCGUAGGUUACAUGAUUUCAAUCAGCGACCGGUGUUGGUCUUCGGAGCUUCUCGGCACGACACCAUCGAGAGAGUAUCUUCCUGGGUACUGGUCUUCGAUGAUUCUUGGCAUAAUGCCAUCAAGAGUAUCACCUGUAUUCCUUCUUACUUUCCAUUCCGUAAACAUCCCAAAAGCCAGCCUCAAAAGUAUUCCCCCCGCAAGAAUAAUCUGUACGAUCCAAA